UUGAUUAUAAAACAAAAUAGUACUACAGUCUACAAUUUACUACUAUACAGUCUUCUACAAUUAUAAAUUAUAAUUUAUAAUAGUUCAUACCCUACGGCCUACAACAAACGUCAAACAGUAAAUCCUUUAAGAUUACAAUAGUAAUUAGUUCUAUUAAUUAGUUUUUCAUGGCUUAUGUUUCAUAAAUCGCAAUCAAUUUCAUAUUAAUACACAUCAUACAAAUAAAUAUUUAGUAUUUACUCACAAUAAUCAUUUAUAAAUGUGAAUAGUUAAUACACAUAAUUUCUUAAAUUUAAAUAUUAUUCUAUUAUUUCAUUAAAAGAAUUACUUAUUCUCAUUUAUAGUUGAUUCAUUUUUUUAUAUAAAUUAUGUACUUGCAUACAGUGGUGAAUUAUUUAAUUCUUAUUUAGAACUAGGAUUAAAAAACAACAAGCUAUCAAUAGAAUAAAAUGUCUGAUAAUGAAAAUCCUACUCCAUCACCAACUUUAUGUAAGCCAUCAAGUACUACUAACAAAAUGUAUACACCUUGUCGUAGAGUAGGACUCAAGAGAAAGUCUAUAGGUAUACUAACCCCCAAAACUAUUUCGAAGAAAAUGAAAUUUAUUGAUGAAACAUCAAAAUCUACCGAAUUUACUGAAAAUGCAAACACAUUAAAUAUUAAAGCUAAAGACAAAUCAAUUUCAAAAUUGGAGUAUGAAGAUGAGACGACAUCAAAUGUACCAGAGAAACGUCGUGUUAUAGAAGAGCUCAAGUCUGAACUAAAAAAUAGUGAACAGCAUAAUUUAGAACAAAUAAAAAAGUUAUCAAAAAAAUGGUUAAAUGUUUGUCAAGAGGCUUUAACAUCACUAUUCAAUAAAUUAAGUGAAAAUGAAAAUUCCAAUUUACAAACAAUAGAAGAUUUAAUUAAAAAUUUAGGCAUUUGUCCUGAUUUAAUUCAAUUUGAUUCAAAUAAUCAAGAAUUUUACUAAAAAUAAUAUAAAUACUAUGGGUACAAACAUAAAAUCCAAGUGUUAUUUACUUAUUUAAUUUUAAUUACUCAAUCAUCAACAAUAAAACAAUAUUAUUUUGAAGUAUUAA